UAGUAAAACGGAACGUACAGUAGUGUUUAUUCUAUUUGUGGAUCUAUUUAUUUUAAUUUUGAUUUAAAAUACUAUUUUAAUAGAUAAGUGGUGUGAAAACCAUGUUUAAUUUAUCGUUAUUAAGACAAUUUUCAAGGUUGGCAAUAUGUCCCGCCAUAAAGAUACCUAUUAGCAGUAGAAACAUUACAACGACUGCAGCAGUUCAAUUUAAAAUUACAGAUCAACUAUGGGCUGAACCGAUGAAAAAGAAGAAGAAAAUCGAUCCAGCGAUUGUGAAGGCUCGUGAGGAGAGGCGUCGUAAGAAAUUAGAGAAACAGAUCAGAAGGCUGGAGAAGAAUGCUAGACAGUUGAAGCCUAUUGAUGAGAUGGAAGUACCUCUUGAGCUGCUCGAUAACUUCAGCAAACGAAAGAGGCCACAGCCUAAGUUGUCAGCAGAAGUGAUAGAGGCCCGUGCACUUCUACAAAAGGACUGGGCGAGGUACAAGAAGGAGGAGUAUAUGGCAAACGUGGCUCAAGUGGAUAGAAUCAUGGGGGCGCAGCGUAGAGCCCUGGAGAAACUGCUUGAAGAAUCUGAGGAUUUGUAUAAUGAAGCCAUUAUGCCUGACUUGCAGUUGAUUCCUUACGAAGUGAGUGGCACAGUGGCGACACCUGCAAUUAAAGACUACGCCACACCCGACGGCGAAUACUUUGAUGUAUCUAAGAAGUGGGACAAUUAGUCUACAUUGUUCUUUAGAUAAUAAUAUAUUAGUGUAAUAAACGUUAUGUUACAAUUUUAA